CUCUGCGUCCGCGCAGACGUAGUCGCCAAGGAACGUGGUGCAUAGGCAGCAUGGCGGCCCCUGCUCAGCCGUCCUCUCAGCCUGGUGGCGGAAAGCGCAAAGGCAAGGCCCAGUUCCUGCCGGCCAAGCGGGCCCGGCGCUGUGACGCAGGCGGACCGAGGCAGCUGGAGCCCGGCCUUCAGGGCAUCCUCAUCACUUGCAACAUGAACGAGCGCAAGUGCGUGGAGGAGGCCUACAGCCUGCUCAACGAGUAUGGCGACGACAUGUACGGACCCGAAAAGUUUAUAGACAAGAAUCAGCAGCCCUCUGGGAGCGAGGGAGAAGACGAUGAUGCGGAGGCUGCCUUGAAGAAAGAAGUUGGAGACAUUAAGGCUUCUAUGGAGAUGAGGCUAAGAAGAUUCCAGUCAGUGGAGAGCGGAGCAAACAAUGUAGUCUUCAUCAGGACCCUUGGGAUAGAACCCGAGAAACUGGUGCAUCAUAUUCUACAGGAUAUGUACAAAACUAAGAAAAAGAAGACGCGAGUUAUUCUGAGAAUGCUGCCCAUCUCAGGCACAUGCAAAGCUUUCUUAGAAGACAUGAAAAAAUACGCAGAAACAUUUUUGGAGCCCUGGUUUAAAGCCCCAAACAAAGGGACAUUUCAGAUUGUCUACAAAUCUCGAAAUAACAGCCAUAUGAAUAGAGAAGAAGUUAUUAAAGAAUUGGCAGGAAUAGUGGGCAGCCUCAAUUCAGAAAAUAAAGUGGAUCUCACUAAUCCAGAGUACACGGUGGUAGUAGAAAUCAUCAAAGCUGUGUGUUGCCUGAGUGUUGUGAAAGAUUAUGUGCUAUUUAGAAAAUACAACCUCCAGGAGGUAGUGAAGAGUACGAAAGACUCACAGCCUCACCCAAAGCUGGGAAAUGGUAAAGAAGCAAAGUUGGAACCUGAUGCCAAGGUGAGUCAAAGUGAUCCUUCAGAAGGGAAAAAUAGCCAGCAGGUGGCACCAGAGAGCCGCGAGGAGCUGGAGCAGAGAAAACCAAGGUCUGAAACCCCCCCAGGAAGUGAGGGAGAAGCUAAACCUGAGCUUGAAAGUGGAGUCUCAGAAGGACCGAAGUCAAAUGAAAAUGAGCUCUCAUAGGUCAUUCUAUGGGGGAGGUGGGUCUCAGCUGGGGUUCUGCAACAAGCUAUUGGGGUUCAAUGUAAAAUUGUGAUAAUAUGUAUUGACUUUUGUGUGCUGCUUCAUGCUGAUCUCACAGCCUCCAUUGACAGUUUUGUCAGAGCCCUUCAGGCCUUUAUGUCAGUGUGUGCAGCCCCAUGUACUGUCCCUAGGGGGGGUGGUAAGAGGGCACUGGCCUCUGCCUCCUGAUUACUUUCUCUAGUUACCCGUUAAGCACUGCCAACUCACGUGGAACUGCACAGAGUCUUAGUGGGAAAUCAGCAGGACAUUCUCAUUCUGAGGAAGUUAUUGCUGCACACGGCUCAGCUGUGCCUGCCGUUUCAUUGGAUACACAGAGAAGUGGCACUGUGGGUUAUAUGGGAAUCACUUUGUCAUGACUUUGUACUUUUUGUUUUUCUUGUUACAUUUGUUUCAAUGUUCAAAGCAAGUCUGAUGGCCAUCGCUGUAGUUCUAGAGAAGAUGUGAGAGAAGAGGGCUGUCCUAGGUGUAGGCCCAUGGGUGUUUCCCGUAAGGUUAGGGAUGAGGACUCUUUCUGCCGACUCACCCUGUGCACUAGUACAAAAACAGUGGAAAGCUACUGCCCCUGGGUUUCACUGGACUGCUUGCUGUCCAAGCUGUCCUUCCAGUUUGUCAUGCUUUCAAGAGUUCCUCAUAGGUAGAGACGUGAAGGGUCAAAGCGACCUAUGAGCACUGCAAAACAAACUGUCCAGGUGGGGACUGCGAAGUGGCUGUAACAUUGGGCUGGGAAAAAGGUUUGUGUUUAAAUCUUAAUACUAGUUAGGAAAUAUCAGUGCUAUAGUUCCCGGCACAAGCGGCUAAGCAAAGAGCGAGUGACAUGAGAAUAUAUUUUUUCUUAGAUGCUAGAGUCUUGCUUAGUAAGCCAGAACAAGAGGAUGUUGGAGAAGCAGAGCUGGCAGCACCUUGCUAAUGCAGAUGGGACUGGAGCAUCCUCGGGUUUUGACAUGUUAAUUCAGGUCUGAGAUUGAAACCAUCUUGAAAGGAUAUGUAUUAGUGUCACUUGGGAAAGAAUGGAGAAAAUCCUAGUGCCUUCUUGAGGCCUGCUCCGAGAUAAAGGACUUUUCCUUUAAUAGUGUAGGACAGAGGGCCUGGGAUAAAGUACCGUUUGUUCAGACACAAGGUUCUGGAGCUUAGCGAAGUAGCUGCGCUUCAGAUUGUGAUUUAAUACUUUGGUUUCCAUUGUGUUUUUAUUUAUUUUUGUUCAGUGGAACCUGAGUGUGCCUGGCUGUUUGCCAGUUGUACGGUGCUGUAUGUUCUUGGUCUAAGUUCAUUUAUCAUUUUGCUUUGCUUUGAGAGUUGACGACUUUAUUUUCACUGACAUUUCAGUGUGUUAGUUUACAGAUGGUCCCAGGAUAGGAAUCAAGUGGGCUUCUGUCUGUCUGUCUGUCUGUCUGUCUGUUGUUUAAGCUAUAGCAAUGAAAACAAAAUAAAGAAGCAGAAACCAAAUCCCAGUGCACCUGUUCUGUUCUACAGACAAAGGAGUUACGCCUGGUACUGUAAGACAUGUUUCUCCAAAGAUGAACAUGGUUUUCAAAUAUUUUUACUUGCAUUUUGUUCUUGGUACAACUGAACGUUCAGGUUGUUUUCAAAUUUCUGAUAUUUUAAAAAAUAAAAAUCAAUUUGUUCUGUAAA